AGGCCAGAUAACACAAUCCAAAUACAAAAUGUUGUUGGGAUUUAGGGUUUUAUGGCCACUUUUUUUGCCUAAAUAAAUGUAUGAACAAAUGGAUCAUAUUGGUAAGUGUAACAUAGAGAUUCUCCCACAUCAAGAAGAUAACACAUUUAGAAGCCUUGGUGAAUUCCCCUAUCACUUUCUUUAUCCAAUUUGUCUUCAUUCCUUAAAUUUGUCCGCUAGGGUUUAAAUUUAUAUACCCGUUUUCAAGAAAAGUGCAUAAAAAAUGAACAUGUAUAACUUAUACUGCAUAAAGUACAAGUCCUCUUAGUAUUCUUGUUCUUGGUUUCUCAAUUGUUGAUUGGGGAAAUAAGAAUAACCCUUCUUUUGUUUUCCCCCGUUCUAAAUCCCAUAUCCCCAUGAAUCAAUUCUGUUGAAUGAAGAGCCCCAUUCUAUCCAUUUGAAGAAACAACUAAUUUAUGAGGUUGGAAUCAACAUAAAGGAUACUAGAUGACAGGGAAAUUCAAUUGCAUCACACUAUGUUGCAUCCAGAAACCCAAUGUCGUAGAAGACAUGGCGACUAACGGCCACACGAUCGAUGACGCCAUUAACGGACUCAAGAAGCUUCUAAGUGAGAAACAUGACCUUCAAGUUGUUGCCGCCGAGAAGAUUAAACAGUUAACGGCGGAGUUGGAGGCGACAAAAUCCGAUGGGUUUAACCCGGUGCAGAGGAUCCGGGAAGGAUUCGAUCGGUUUAAAAAGGAGAAAUACGAAACAAACCCCACUUUAUAUGGUGAGCUUGCCAAAGGCCAAAGCCCCAAGUUUUUGGUAUUUGCUUGCUCGGAUUCUCGAGUUUGCCCAUCACACAUCCUGGAUUUUCAACCUGGUGAAGCCUUUGUCGUCAGAAACAUCGCCAACAUGGUUCCUCCUUAUGAUACAAUAAAACACUCUGGAGCUGGAGCAGCCAUUGAAUAUGCAGUAUUGCACUUAAAGGUGGAGAACAUUGUAGUUAUUGGGCACAGUUGUUGUGGUGGAAUUAAAGGACUCAUGUCCAUACCAGAUGAUGGAACCACUGCUAGUGAUUUCAUUGAGCAAUGGGUCAAAAUCGGUUUGCCUGCUAAGAGCAAAGUGAAAGCGGAUUGUAGCGAUUUGGAGUACUCUGAUCUUUGCACCCAGUGUGAGAAGGAAGCUGUGAAUGUAUCUUUGGGGAACCUACUAACAUAUCCAUUUGUGAGAGAAGCUUUGGUCAACAAAAAACUAUCACUAAAGGGAGCACAUUAUGAUUUUGUGAAGGGAACUUUUGAUCUUUGGAAUCUUGACUUUGGCAUUUCACCAUCUCUACUUUCUUGAGUUCUUACUCUCCAUCAACAUAGCUUGCUCUACAUCUUUACAAUAACUAUGGUUAAAAGUCUUUAAUUAAGUUUAUAACUUUAUCAAAGUUGUAAAGUUUUUGUUAUGCAUUAUAUAUAUAUGUAUGUAUGUUUUUGUUUCAUCCUUUUUUCUAAUUUCAAAUAAACUUUAGUUUAUAUGUA